ACCCUUGACAACAAAUACAAGGGACAUAACGAGAGCGUCGAUCAACUCUGUUGGCAUCCAACCAAUCCUGAUCUMUUUGUGACGGCUUCUGGGGACAAAACUAUUCGUAUUUGGGAUGCAAGAAGUACCAAAUGUGUCCAUGUCGUGAAUACUAAAGGAGAGAAUAUCAACAUCUGUUGGAGUCCAGAUGGUAACACAAUAGCUGUUGGGAAUAAGGAUGACCUUAUAACAUUUGUAGAUGCCAAGAGCUUUAAAGCAAGACACGAUGAACAGUUUAAAUUUGAGGUGAAUGAAAUCUCAUGGAAUAACACAAAUGAUCUGUUCUUUUUAACCAAUGGCCAUGGUUGUAUUAAUAUAUUAAGUUAUCCAGAACUGAAGCCUCUACAAACAUUGAAUGCUCAUCCUGCUAACUGCAUCUGCAUCAAGUUUGAUCCUACUGGAAAGUAUUUUGCAACAGGGAGUGCAGAUGCGUUAGUCAGCUUGUGGGACGUUGAUGAGCUGGUUUGUGUUCGAACAUUCUCACGACUUGAUUGGCCUGUUCGCACGCUUAGCUUCAGUCAUGAUGGGCAAAUGCUGGCUUCUGGAUCAGAGGACCUUGUCAUCGACAUUGCAAUGGUAGAAACAGGAGAGCGCAUCUGUGAGGUUCAAUGUCAUUCUCCUACUUUUACUGUUGCAUGGCACCCUAAUAAACCUUUACUCGCCUUUGCUUGUGAUGAUAAGGAUAAACACGAACGUGAUGCUGGCACAGUCAGRCUCUUUGGAUUGCCCAACAACUCUUCUUCGUGAUAAUACYUUUUACCUUGUACAUAAUACCAGAAGUUAGUGGUGGAAGCUUCCCAUGUGGGAUGGAAAUGGGCUGAACAGAGCAUUGCACAUGCUCAAACAUGAUCUCUACGGGGCAUCCUCCAGGACAAUACCUUGAGAUCUAUCCUAAACAACGAAGGUUGUCGGGGGAUGAAAAAAGACAAAAUUUCGCAGAGUGAAGUCCUUGUCUUAAAACAAAAUGCUUAGAAAAAUAAUGGAACAAAGUUGCGCACAUUUUAGUAUCGUCUCUUCAUACAAACCAUUGUGAUUGGCUGGUUUUGUUGUCCUCGCAWUUUGAUUGGUUCACGGUGGAAACCAUUUCAGAGUCAUGGAACUCAACAUCUGCCUUCACAGAAUGYUCGAGAACAGAGUUAGAAAUAUUUUUAUAGUAGUUUUUUUUUGUUUUUGUUUUUUUGAGCGUGUAGAGUAAAUAUCAAUGCUGACUGAAGUGUACAGCAACUCUUGACCUCACGUACACUUUCUCUCCACAUCAAAGGAGAUUUAACGCUGCAGCGCACGUGACGAGGGGAAAAUAAAACAACUCACUUACAACCGUGCCGUGGUUGAAUGCUUUUGCGCUCGUAACUAGAGAUCGGAAGGUUUUUCCAUACCUUAAUUUUGUAAGAAAAUUAUGAUGCAAAUAAAUUUGUUGAUGUUGA